AUGCCUCCUGGCCCGGCUCGGCCCCGGCCUUCCCGCACGCCACCCGGGGUCUCCUCUCUGUUUUCCAGUGUUGUCCCCAUGGGCACGACGGCCAAGGAGGAGAUGGCGCGGUUUUGGGAUAAGAACACCAAAUCCAACCGCCCCUUGUCCCCCCACGUCUCCAUUUACAAGUGGUCCCUGCCCAUGGCGAUGUCCAUCGCGCACCGCGGCACCGGCGUGGCGCUGAGCGUGGGUGUGUCCCUCUUCGGCCUGGCCGCCCUGCUGCUCCCGGAGCAGUUCCCGCACUACCUGGCCGUGGUGAAGUCGCUCAGCCUGGGCCCCGCUCUCAUCUACUCCGCCAAGUUCGCGCUGGUUUUCCCGCUCUCCUACCACACCUGGAACGGGAUCCGGCACCUCGCGUGGGACUUGGGGAAGGGCUUCAAGCUCAGCCAAGUGAACCAGUCCGGGGUGCUGGUCCUUGUCCUGACCCUGCUCUCCUCGGCCGGCCUGGCAGCCAUGUGAAGGCGUCUCCUGCUCCGCAGCCUC